AUAUGUGCAACAAUGACAACCAUCUAUGGCCGAAGUCAGCAAGUGGAUGGUCUACAGGGGGCAGCGUUGCAAUCUUUGAAAAUGGGAUCUUUGACUGGAGCAAUAGUUUCUUUGAAAUGAAGAACAUGUGUCAAGAUGAAGAAAAGCUAACCUCAAAAUGUGACGAGCGCAAAAAGACCCUGGAAAGUAUAAAGUCACGCAAAGAAGUGAUUCACAGAGAGAUGGCUCAUCUUAAGAAACAACACCUGAGCCAUAAUGUAUUUCUGAAGUCCAAAGAUACAGAGCAAAUGUUAAAGAAAGCAGAGUGUAAAAUGAAAGAAGUUCAGCUGAUGGAGACAGUGAGACAGACGCUGGCUCAGGAGUUAGUGCAACUGCAGCAGAAGAAAUCUGAGCUGGAGCUGCAGGUGCAGAGCCACUCUGUGUUUCAUGACUUUCUGGAGCAAGUGGUCAAACUAUCCAAGUUUAAGGAAGUGUGGGAGCAGGUGGAUCAUUUCGAGAGUCUUCUCCACUGCAGAGACCAGCUCUCCCAAAGAGACAAUAAUGAUCAGGACCGGAUCAACAAACUGAGGUCAGAACUUGUGACACUACAGGACCAAAGUCACCUCAUGAUGGUGCACAGGAGGAACCAACUGUCCCAUUUGCAGACUGAGUUAGAGAAAACACGCUCAGAAGCUUUCAAAUGGGAACAGAAAUGGAACCACAUUGAAGAAACGGCUGCAAAGAAAACACUCCUUUUGGGUAAAAUAAAAAUGGCUAUUCUCAACCUGUAUGAAAUGACUGGCAGCCCUUUGGACAAUGGAGGAAAUGGUGUAGAUGAGAAUGACACCAAUACACAACUAGAGAAGAUCCAGGAAUUUAUUCUGGACCAUAAUGACAUUGUGGAUCAAAACUUAUCUACAAAAGAACAAGACAUGCCUGACAACUCAAACAAGACAGAUCAGAGCAGCCUUCAGCAACUUGGCAAAUAUUCAAUACAAAAACAUAAGCAUCUUGCCCUCAAAGGUCAAGCCAAACAGUUCCAGGGUACUUCAUGCUUAAAGAUCCACUCAUAGGUCAGAUUGCAUCUGCAUUGCUUUCCCUCAGAAUUUUAAUGCAGUCCUUUUUUUCAGGGCAUUUAUCAAG